AUGUCUCUCACCGGUUGGCUGUGGGGAACAAGCCAGGUCGACGAAGCAAUCGACAAGGCGACGUCCGAACUCCUUCCGACGGGCACAGAGGACAUUGCACUAAAUCUCGAGAUAUCCGACCAGAUACGCUCCAAGGCCGUGCCUCCCAAGGAUGCCAUGCGUGCACUCAAACGACGCCUCAAUCAUAAGAACCCGAAUGUCCAGCUUCUUGCUCUGAGUCUGACAGAUACAUGCGUAAAGAAUGGUGGCGACCAUUUCCUGAUGGAAGUAGCUUCCCGCGAAUUCAUGGACAACCUUGUCUCCAUCCUCAAGAUUCCCGUACUCAAUCUCGACGUGAAGAACGCGAUACUCAGAUAUAUACAGAACUGGGCUGUUGCUUUCGAAGGGAAGCCAAAUCUAUCGUACGUUGUCCAGGUGUACCGAGCCUUGCAGAGCGAAGGUUUUACGUUCCCUCCGAAAGAUAUAUCUGUUACUAGCUCAGCAAUGGUUGAUACGCAAACUGCGCCUGAAUGGAUUGACUCAGAUGUCUGUUUGCGAUGUCGAACACCGUUCUCGUUCACAAACCGAAAGCAUCACUGCCGGAACUGCGGUCAGGUCUUUGACCAACAAUGUUCGUCAAAGUCGCUUCCUCUUCCUCACUUUGGUAUCCAACAAGAAGUCCGGGUGUGUGAUUCAUGUCAUAUGAAACUGACCAGGAGCAAGCUGCCGAAGGAGGACAGAAAGCACAGCCGAAGCUUCUCGACGCCGCGACAUCGUUCUGGUCGCGAGCUCGCCGAUGAGGAGCUCCAACGUGCGAUCCAGCUUUCACUUGAAGAAGUCGGGGCGGCAAACGUGAAUGGACGUAAUAGAAGACCUGGAUACACUCCGUCACAGCCCGAACCGUCAAAUUUUGGAAAGUGGCAAACAUCAGAACCACCUUUAGUUGAUCGUAAAACACGUCCCCAGGCAGCAGAUGAUGACGAGAGUGAUCCAGACUUACGAGCGGCAAUUGAAGCGUCUUUACGGGAGGCCAAUGCGCCCAAACCAAGCGCGCCUAUAUCCCUCGAAACUCCUCGCUCGGAAGCGCCAUCUUUUGUGCCAUCGCAAUCGCAGUCAUACCCCGCAACUUCCAGUACAGCUGUGCCACCUCAAUCAAACUACGAACUAGCACCUCUUGAAAGUGACGUGAUCUUAACGUUUAGUCAGACAGUGCAGGAAGUCGAGGCGCGAGGAGGACGUGACAUUUCUCGUUAUCCUGCUGUGAACGAAUUGUACGACAAGGCAAACGGGCUCCGACCCAAACUGGCUCUUUCGCUGGAUGAUACAGAUAGGAAAGAAAAGACACUAAGCGACAUGCACGACAAGCUCUCACAAGCCGUCAAGCUGUACGAUAAGCUCCUUACCGAGCAAUUAUCACGACCAUCUUGGCGAUCCUCGUCGCAGCAAGAGUCAUCCAGGUACAACACUGUGGACGGGUCUUACGGCCAGUGGGUGUCUAGACAACCAGGUCCAGCAACAACGCAACGAUAUGGCGAACCCUCGUAUGGUCUACCGCAGGCCUCGCAGUCUCCACCACCGGUUAAUGUUCCCUACGCGCCCGUUCGGCAAUCUUCGUACGGUUCUGUUUCUCAGCCUGCGCAACAAUACUCGCCUACUCCAGCCCCGGCUCAGUAUUACUCGUCUCCCCCUCCCGCGCCAACGCAGUUACCGCAACAGCCUCAGCCUGCUCCCACGACGCAGUAUGCUACUUAUGCACAGCCCAUACUUCCAACUCCCGUUCCAAUGGCAUCGUCAGCUCAGUCUCCACCUCUACAGCCUCAAGUGUCCUCGUCCGCUCCUUAUACCGCGCCCACUCCCGUUCCUUCACAACCGCAGCCUCAAGCCCAGUAUGUCCAGUCUCCACCACCACAACCUCAGCCUCUCUCGCGCCAGAACACGCUAUCGUACGUUCCACCCACACCUCAGCCUGUAUAUGCGCAGGGACAUGCGCAUAUACCUCCUCAAGCGCAGGCUCAGCAGCAUCAACCGGCCCAGCCCCAAAUACAGGCGCAGUAUUACCAGCCCCCGGCUUUGCAGACUCAGCCACAACCUCAACAACCUCAGCCUCCGGCCCAGGCACCACCGCAACCGCAAGCUCAUUACCAGCCUCCUCUGCCUCAAGCGCAAGUCCAGCUACCUCAGUUCCCGGUCGUGCCGACGUCGAAUCCUCAAACGUUUUCCCUGUACGGGCCAACUCCGGGUUUGGAACAGACUGAGAGGAAGGAGGCGUUGUUGAUUGAUUUGUAGACUGUGUAUUUGGGUUGGAGGUUUAUGCUUGGGAUCCGUGUUGUGUAGGGAGGUGCUUUUUGCUCUUUCGACUAUUGCCUUCAUCGGUUCGGCUGGACUUCAUCUCGUUGAUAGUUUGUGUGGCGUAGAGUAGUAUUAGUACCUCGUGCAUAGUGCGAUUGGUGUUGUUGCCUGUACGUAUAACCAUCCAUUGACAUUAAUGAUAGUCUGCAUGUUU